AUGGCCUCUACCUCACUACCUCCAGCAAUCAUCAUAUCUUCCUGUCGUAGUGCACAUGAAAUGGCUUUUUCUGAUGAUGAAAUGGAAACAAAUGGCUUACGCACAAUUAAUCGACCAAUAUAUUCAACCAAAAGGUGGCAGACAAUGACAUCGCUUCGUCAGCCUUCAACUCCGAUAAAUGUGUAUGGACGUUCUACAGAUGCUGAUUCACAUUACAUAGGAUACACUCCAACUCAUACCAUAGAUACUCCUCGCACACCCGUGACCAGUGGGCAGCGGUCUCGUUUUUUAGAAGGCUUUCGGCGUCGCCGAUUACAAAGUGAAAAUAUUCCCAGAAGUUCAUUGGAUGAAGAUCUAGGGUAUCCUCCUGUUUGUACACCUCCGCCCGAUAUAUGUUUAGAUCUAUCUCAGUCUGCUCCUGAGAGACCAGCUUCAUGUAUCCGAACAAGAUCUGUUUCCGAAACUUCGCAGUUUCAUCAGGGGCAUCAGGGGUUAACAGUUGUGCACAAACGGCAGUCGGGUGUUCUCGUUGUUUUUCCUCAUUCGCCUUCGUUAAAUGGCCAUACGUUAUCAACCGAUGGAAAAAUCAACUAUUCAGGAUGCAUGUCUAGCAAAAGCUAUGAUGGUGUCAUUCCUUCUAUGUCACCCAGAGAAAACAAUAAUUCUCGUGCUUCUCCACGUCGUCCGCUUUUUGUGGAUACACAGCUGGCUAAUGGACAAAAACGGAGCCCUGUCGGUAGCAUGAUGGAUUUUGUUCGCGGGAGGAAUCGGACGACUUCGUGUAGCUUAACAGGAAGCUCUUCUGGGCCAAACACACCGUCUUCACCACAAUCUGUUUUUGCGCGGUGUUCAGCUUCUGUAGACGGUUCUUCAGCCACACCUAUGUCUCCUGUAUUUUCUCCGAGUAACAGACCUUUUCUAAAGCAUUAUCAUCGAAGCGGGUAUCAUCGUAGUGUCGAUUCAGAUUCGGGUCUCGGGCUUGGUUCACCAUCCAUUGGUCAUACUGCUCUUUUAAUACGUGAGGUGCGCUGA